UUCUUCGACCUUCCAGUCGCGCGCACACACACACGCUUGUACAUUGCAAGUUACGCUGCAAGUUGCUAAUCACGUCUCUCGUCCGGUUCACACAUCGAGACAGAGCGCGAGAGAAAAUAAGAAAAAAAAGAAAGAAUUGUUUGUAUAUUACAAACGACGAAGAAGAAAUAAGAGAAAGAGAGAAGAUAUACAGACAAAGACAUUGUAGCUGGUGUUUCUGUCAGCUGUUCGUUAAGAAUUUCAGAAUCUUUGUUUAAGAUGUGUCAAGAGAGUGAAAUGGCCGAUUUCCGAGAACAGAAUAGCAGUGUCGUCCCAGCGGUGUCGAGUGCUGAACCGCUUCUCACGGAACAGAAGGUAAUGGAGGAGAAGGAACAGACCCAGGGUGCAGCCUGUGGGGGGCGGGGCCAGAAGGCGGAGCGAGAUCAUGACGUCAUUUUCACGAAGCCGGGUUUCGUGUCCUCCUGUGUCGCCGGCUUCAGAAAGAUGAUGAGGAACGUGACCCUGGAACCCAUGCUUUUCCUCAAGAUGGUCGCGGAGGGAAACUACGGGGUGGUGGCCGACACACUGGCGGCCGCCGGAACGGAACUCAGCCGAGAAGACUGUCGAAAAUGGGGAGGGAAACACACGGACCCGCAGGUGGCCGUGCAGCGCGUCCAGAACGUGUUUAACUACAACCAGAACCUGAUGGACAGCCUGCUUCCGCUGGUGGUGGUGGUCUUCAUGGGCUCCCUCAGCGACCAGUACGGGAGGAAGCCGCCCAUGCUGGCCGUCCUGGCCGGCUUUGUGGCCGUCUCGCUCCUCUACCUCCUGACGGCCAUCAACACGUCGUGGCCCGUGGAGGUGCUGUACGUGGCCACGUUCGCCGUGGACAUCACGGGCUCGUGGGUGGUGUUCAACAUGGCCGUGUACAGCUACGUGGCCGACAUCACGGCGCCGGAGACCCGCACCAAGCGGCUGGGGGUGCUGGACGCCGUCUGGUAUCUCGGGGGGCCCCUCGGCCGGCUCUUGGGCGGCUGGCUCUUCCCCGUCGCCGGGUAUGGCGUCGUGUUCGCCGUCUCGGCGGUGCUCUGGGUCGUCUGCUUCUUCUACGUUCUGCUCCUCGUGCGCGAGAGCGUGCCCUCCGCGCCGCAGGAGCCGGCGCCGCAGGAGGGCCGCGACGCUCGCUGCGGCCAGCUCCGCCACGUACUGUCACUGCUGCGCACGGCGUUCCAGUGGCGCCCGGGGCGCGGCCGACAGCUCCUGCUGGGGCUCCUUGCGAUCAAGCUACUGGUGUUCUUAACUCAGGGCCACCAGCUUUAUCUGUGGGCGCGGCGCGUGCUUCGCUGGGGCGUCCCCGAGUUCUCGACGUGGACGAGCGUGGAGUCCCUGGUGCACCAGGCCGGCAUGCUGCUCCUGGUGACUGUGGCCGCGCGGCUGCGCCUCCACGACGCGCUGGUGGCGGUGGCGGGCCUCGUGUCUAUAGGGCUGUGGUCGGGCGCGCUAGCGCUCGUGCAAGGGCCGGCGCAGUGGUGGCUGACGGUGGUGGCGUCGCUGCUGGGGUCGCUGGAGGCCGCCAUCGAACCGGCGCUGCGCACCCUCCUCACCGUGGUGGCGGCCAAGGGCGAGGCCGGCCGCGUGCUGGCACUCAACGGCCUGCUGGAGGCGGCCUGGCUCUCCGUCGACCGCUCGAUCUUCACGCUGCUCUACAACACCUUCGUCGAGAGCUUCCCGCAGAUCAAUUUCGUGGUACAAAGCGGCGUCUCAGCGGUACUCGUCGUGGCAGUCCUCGUGCUUUGGCGUCGCUUCCAGUAUCAGGUACCCGACGACACCCAGGUCGAAAACCCAUCUGAGAGAAAUCCUUAUUCGGCCCCCCACUCGGUACCCUCCCCCUCCCCCGCCCACACCCACGACCACGCCCAUCACAUGUGAAAUGGGAGGAUGGCGGGCGGGAUGAAAAAUUGUCAUGGUGCUUCUCUUUGUCAAUGUCCAGUCACAGCCAAAGUACUGGAAAUGACACUUCGAAGCCCUUGUUAAGAAAGCUUCGAAUCUCUUCUAGUGAAUGAAGCUUCGAAAUCUUCCUUGUAUAUAAAACAUUGGAAUUUGUGAACGUAGCUUCGUACUCUUCUUAUUAUUAAUGAAGCCGGGAAACCCACCUUAUAAAUGAAGUAUCGUAAACCUUAUGAAUAAAGCUUCGAAACCCCUUCUUAUGAA